UUCAAUGAUGAUGAUCAAAUUGAGCGAGAUGACGCGCCACUUCAAGGUGGGAUGAAUAAAGCUGUGGAGGCGAUGGAUGGGGAAAAAGAAAUGCCUAAGGUAGAGACUGAAGUUAAGAAGGAGGAUCAGGGGCAAGAAGGCAUCAUAAGAGAAGGCAAUUCGGAAUUGCCAGGAUGUAAUGAAGGAGGGGACGAAGAAGUAGCAGCGUUCGGGAUAGCUGUAGAUGGGAAAGGAAGUGAUGAGGGGGCGGAAGCUAGCCAAGAUAAUAAUCAUUGCCAGGAGGCAGAAAAAACGAGGAUCAAUGUAUCUGAGAAAGUAUUAAAAACCGUGAUUCUUGCAAAUGACGGAGAAGAGACAGACUCAGAUGAUGCAGAUAAGAUUUACGCGACAAAGCAAGAUGAAAAGGCUGAAAGAAUAUUAAAAGAAGAAAAAAUGAGGGGAGAGGAGCAAAAGAUAGGACAAAUGAAAGGAGAAAAUGGAGAAAGUAGAGUGAGUAAGAAUGCGAGAGUCGAGAAGAACAAGGAUCAUACGAACAAACUUAAAGAGGCAAAAGACAAUGACACAAAGAAGGAAGCAGAGAAGGACAACAGAGUCAAAAUAAAAGAGAAUGAAAAGGCUGAAACAAUGGACGUGUCAAUAAGGGCUGCUGAGAUGGCCAAAGAGGAAGACUGCGAAGGAGACAUAAAUGGAACGGCUAAGGGAUCAAAACUAUUAGAAGAAACAGGAACAGGACUGAAGGAAAAAGAAUUAAAGGUAAGUGGAAACGAGAAUGAACAGAAAAAAGCAGUUGCAGUCUCCACUGAGAUCGAAGAAAAAAUUGUGGACGAAGCGGAGUUUAUUGAAAAGACUGACGCAGUGACGCCAAAGGGACAACCGAAUGAGGACAAAUUAGAUAAAGCAGACGUUGUUGGGACAAGUAGUAACCAGAAGAGUGGAAGUGCCUCUAUCGAGGUAGAUUGGACCAAGGUGAUGGAAUCAACUUGGAAGAGAGGAGAAACAAAAGGAGGAGAAGUGAAAACGGACCUUGAACCUAGUCGCAGAGAUGUACAAGCAAAGGAGACGAAGGUAAAAAAAAGGGAAAUAUGCAUUGAAACGCAAGCAGAUAUUGAGAUAGAUGAAGAGCCCGUGUUUGAGCUUGAGGAAGAGGAGAGGAAGGAGGUGGAGGAAGGCAACCUUCGAGACCUACAUUUAGGAGUGCAAUCAAAGAGAGACAUUAGGGACCAAGACGGGAUCGUGGAAGGUGUGAGUAACGGUACAAUGGAACAGUAUGAGUUCAAAGUGAACAAAGCAUGCAAGAAAUUCAUGCUACCAGAAGACCCACGGACCGCGGAGGGCGUUUUAAACAAGCCAGAGGAAGUGGAGUCGCAAAAUAACAGCGAUUUAGUGUGA